AUGGCAGCCCCUGCCCUCCUGCUCCUCCUGGUGCUGCCUGCAGGGGCCUGGCCGGGCCUGGGGCUGCCCCGCCGGCCGUGCGUGCACUGCUGCCGCCCAGCCUGGCCCCCAGCUGCUCCCGGCUCGUUUGCCCACAGGAGUGACGGGGACGAGUGGGUGCGCCUGCCCCGUGUGCGGCCGACCAUCGACAUCUCAAUCCUCAAAGGUGAGAAGGGCGAGGCAGGGGUCAGAGGUCACUCAGGCAGGAGCGGGAAGGAGGGCCCGCCAGGCUCCCGGGGCCUCCAGGGCCGCAAGGGCCAGAAGGGGCAGGUGGGGCCACCAGGCGCCCCGUGCCAGCGCGCCUACGCGGCCUUCUCAGUGGGCCGGCGGGAGGGGCUGCACAGCUCUGACGCCCUCCAGGCUGUGCCUUUUGACACGGAGUUGGUGAACCUGGAUGGUGCCUUCGACCUGGCCUCCGGCCGCUUCCUCUGCACUGUGCCUGGUGUCUACUUCCUGAGCCUCAAUGUGCACACCUGGAAUUAUAAGGAGACGUACCUGCACAUCAUGUGCAACCGGCAGGCCACGGCUGUGCUGUACGCACAGCCUAGUGAGCGCAGCGUGAUGCAGACCCAGAGCCUGCUGCUGCCGCUGGCCACUGGCGACACUGUCUGGGUGCGCAUGUUCCAGCGGGACCGCGACAACGCCAUCUACGGCGAGCAUGGAGACCUCUACAUCACCUUCAGCGGCCACCUGGUCAAGCCAGAUGCUGAACUCUAGCCCGCGGAGACGCCCCUGUGCCAUGCCCAGCCCUUGGUGGCCCUCACCCCGAGCCCUCCCAGCUGAGAUCAGUGCCAGCAGUGACUGAGCGCUGCCUGCAGGUGCUGAGCUGAGCGCCAGGCGUGUGGGAGCAGGAAGACAAACCAGGCCUGCCCUGGUGGGGGCGGACGCGGACUGAGUGUUCACAUCAAGGGGUUCGGGAAACAGACCUGU